AUGAUGCAAAUUAAUAAGUAUUUAAUAAUAUUAAUAUUUACGAUUUUUUACAUAAGUGAAUUGAGAGAUAAUUUAAUUAAUAAAUUUUUAUAUAAUACUACAACAUCUUUUAUAGAUACUUAUAUUACUAAUAUAUUUAGUGCUGAUGAUAUUAUUCAACAUAUGGGAGUUGAAGAUAGUAUUUUAGAAUUAAUUGAAGUUUUAGAAGAUUAUUCUUUAAUAAAAGUUCAAUCUGAACAAUUAGCUUUAAAAAAAUUGAAGUUAUCUAAAUCACAAAUGCGGAAAUUAUGUACUUAUUUUGAAGAUGAAAUGAAGAGAUUGGAAGCUCUAGCUUUAGAUAAUUUAAGGAAAUGUAUUAAAUAUGAACGUAGUUUUUCUACUUUUUUGAUUGCAUAUUGUGAACAUUCAAUUAUAGUAGGAGAUCAUUAUCAUUUAAUGGAAGAAUUAUUUAAAUCAAGAUCAAAGUGUAUUUCUAUUUUAAAAGAGAAUUUAGAUGAUUCUAUAGAUAAGAAAAUAGACAGGAAACUAAUGAAAUUACAUUAUAAGUUUCAAAGCAAUCAAAGUUAUCUAUAUAGUUGUUUAAAACUAAUUAUUGAAUCAAUUGAAGUUAAUAGAAAUUUUGAAGAAAUGAAUCGUAAUUUAAAAAAACAAAUAGAAGAUGGAAAUACUUGGAUUAAAAAUAAUGAAGAAGUAGCUAAAUCAUCUUUAAAACUUGAGUCUAAUAUAUUAGAAAUUGGUCUAAAAAAAAGUUAUAGAAAAUUAUAUGAUGAUAUAAGCAGUAAAUUAGGGAUGAAUAAGGGAAAAGAAACUCAAGAUAAGAAUCAAGAUAAGAAUCAGGAUCAAGAUCAAGAUAAGAAUCAGGAUCAAGAUCAAGAUAAGAAUCAGGAUCAGGAUCAAGAUAAGAAUCAGGAUCAGGAUCAGAUAUAUGAAGGAGAAAGAUCAAAAAAGAUAUUAGAAGCUACAGUAUUAACAAGAUUAGAAAAAGAAAUAUCAGAAAUGGAAAAACAUAGAGAAGAAGUAUUCAAAAAUGAAGAACAAAGAAAUAAAGAAUUAGAAAGAUUAGAGAGAGUGAGAUUAAGAAAUGAAAUAUUAGAAAGAGAUAGAUUAGCAAUAGAAAAAUUAGAAAAAAAGAAAAAGGCAAAGAGAGAAAAACAAAGAUUAGAAAAUAUGAAAGAACAAGAAUUAGAAAAUAUGAAAGAACAAGAAUUAGAAAAUAUGAAAGAACAAUAUUUAGAUACAAUAAAAGCUGAAAGAACGAAAGAAGAACAACUUAUGGAAUAUCUAAUGAAAAAAGAAGAUAUAACAAGGGGACAUCUUUAUAAUAAAAUAUGUGAUCUACAUAGGAAAAAGGUAAAAUUAGGCCCAUCAAAUUCUUGGAUAAAAAGACUAGAGGAAGAAGAGAUAAAAAAGGAAGAAUAUAAUAGAAAAAGAAGAGAGGAAAAACAAAUGCAAAUAAAAAGUGAUCUAGGAAGUAUUUUGAAUAGAUUAAAGGGAACGAAAUCUGAAUUUAGUCUAUUAUGGGAAAAAACUACUGCAGAAAAGAAAAAAAGAAGAGAUAACAAGGAAAAAGAGAUUGAAAAAGAAAAAUUGUUAAAAAGUGAGAUGGAGAGACUAAAACAGUUAGAAUUAAUGGAAUUAGAAGUUACUUACAAAGCAGAAGCAUGUAAAGAGUAUCAAGAACAAUUACAAAGGGAAAUAAGUGAGGAAGAUAUGAGACAACAAAAAUAUUGCAACAUUGUAAUGGAGAAUAUACAAAGUGAAAGAGAGAGGAAUAGGGAAUAUGAGGAAAGAAAGAAAGAAGAAAUGGAAAGAAGAAGAAAGGAAUAUGAGGAAAAAAAGAAAGAAGAAAUGGAAAGAAGAAAGAGAUCACUUGGAGAGGAAUGGUUAAAAAUAAUAGCUAGAAAAGAGGCAAAUCAAGAAGAGAAAAGAAAGUCAUUACAACAAAAACAUGGUGAAAAAGGAGGAAUUAAUGGAAGAUGGGAAGAGAUAAUAUGUAGUGAACGUUUAAAAAAAGAAAGAAAAGAAACAGAAAGAAGAGAAUCUGAAAGAAGAAAUUUAGAAAAAGUGAUGAAAGAUAGGAGAGAAAGGUUAUUAAAGAAAUAA